CGGCGCGCUCGUUUGAAAUGAUCAACAAACCAGCAGCAUCAGCAUAGUGCAUGAUAGUCAGGGGAAGCUAGAUUGCCUGAAUGUAAUCACAAAGUGAUCAACUAUGAUUGUUAUGUGCUUUAGCUCUGGUAACAAUCCGGCUGUACAAUAAUUAGAGGUUCAUAUUUUUCUCACGUCACGUUUUGCUCCGGUGAAACAUUUGUCGCUAGCAACAAACUCAUGACGUCUCUAGGGAAGUCCAACGUCCCUAGGCUAGCUAACUGACUCAGGAUUAGCAAACUGGGGUAGCAACAGGUAAUGGCAGACAAAUUAACGUUAGCUGUUCUCUGAAGAAGUCGAGUUUGUGUCAUCGUUACAGCCGUUGUUUUCAAGGGAAUAGCAGGUUUUAUGUCUUCCCCUAUGCCUGAACAUGGAAGAAAAAGACGGAAAUAGACGGGUUUUUAUCUUGGAGCAUGAAGUGAAGAGUUUGACAGAGGAGCUCAGCCAGUGUCAGGCCGACAAAGAGUUUGUGUGGUCAUUGUGGAAACGCCUUCAAGUGGCCAACCCGGACCUCACACAAGCUGUGAGCUUAAUUGUGGAGCGUGAAAGAGAGAAAGCUGAAGCUAAGGACAGGAAAGUGCUGGAGAUCCUUCAAGCCAAAGAUUACAAAAUACAAGAGUUGGAGCAGCAGAAAGUGACAGGGCAACAGCAGGAGAUAAACAACCUGUACCAGAGCCGGCAGCGCGGCGAUGGGGAGCUGGACAUCAUGAAGACGGAGCUGGCAGCUCUGCGGCAGCGGCAGGGGAAUACCAGUCGGGAACUUAAGGAGUGGAGGCAGCGCAGUGCGAAGGCGGAGGAGGAAGGCCAGCGCGUGGUGAGUGCUCUGGAGGAGGAGAAGCGGGGAUUAGAGGCGCGCUGCGCCGCCCUGCUGGCUGACCUGGAGAGGGCGCGGGAGCAGCAGAGCCAGCACAGCCACCGCCAGGACCACAUCCACGCCACAGUCAAGGAGUUGGAGCAGGAGCUGGCCAGUGUGAAGCAGCAGGUGUGUGCCGCUGAGGCGCGCGUGUGUGACCUCUCCGUCCAGCUGAGCAGCCGAGAGCAGGAGCUCACUCAGAAGGAGCAAUGUGUGGCCCAGCUCAGGCAUGAGCUGCAGGGGCUGCAGGCUCUGUACAGUCAGAGUGUGGAGCAUGCAGGUGAGCAGGCGCAGCUAAUCCAGCAGCUGGAGGGCCUUAACCUGGACACCCAGAGAGUGCUGCGCAGCCAAGAGCAGGCCCACACCGCAGACACCGUUUCCUACCACAAGCUCUAUACAGAACUCUGCGUGACCCACCGGGCGCUGGUGUGUAACGAGUCCCAGCUCCGGGAGAGAGAGGCAGGCCUGAGCACGCAGCUCCGCGAGAGGGACCAGCAGCUCCAGCAGCUUCAGGAACAGCUACAGCAGCUCCAAGUGGAGCUCCAACAACAGCAGCAGCAGCCAGCCCCCCUACCAGCCCAGCAGCCGAGGCAGAGCAGCUCCACCACAGUCUGCACGCAGACCAGGCAGACCAACUCCCAGCACUUUGAGCAGCUCCAGCUGGAGCCGAGGCUGGACGCGGCUGAAGGAGAGCAGGACCUCCACGGGGCUCUGGAGGUCCAGGGCCAGACUCCACUCCCACAGCCCCAGCCAGGAGAGCCUCCAGAAGGCCCCAGCCACAGCGAGUGCCCUGGACCCAAGAGCCGACAGUCACGGGGAAUGCAGGAUGCAUUGGGGCGGCGCUCCAGGUCCCUGUCCCCGCGGAACAGCAGCCGAGUGGCUGUGGAGGAGGAGGAGGAGGCCAAGAUCCAGAGGUUGCAGGAGCUGCUCGCGCUCAAGACUGAAGAGAACGAGGCGCUGAGGAAGGCCCAUGACAAGCGUCAGGAGCGUCUGCGUCUGAUCCAGACCCAUUACAGGAGUCUACGAGAGCAGCUGAGGCAGGCCGAGGAGGCCCAGGGCAAAAGCUGUGUGCGGAACGUUCGUGCGGAGCCCUGGCAGCUGCGGCAGGAGAACAGUGACGGCGUGUGGAACGAGCUGGCCUUCUUCAGGAGGCAGAACAAGAAGCUCCUCGCUGAGAAAGCCAACCUGGAGGAGGAACUGGAUGUGCUGCGGGUGCAGGCUGCCAUGGAUCGCACCACCACGCACGAGCUGCGUCUGUGCCUGGAGCAGGAGUACCAAGAGCUGCUGCGGAGAGUGGCCACGCAGCAGACUGAGGUCAGCAGCAGUACGCCCAGCAAGCCCAGCGCCCGCCGGCUCCAAGAGUCCAUCCUCAGGAUUGAGCAGCUGGAGAGGAAAAUGGAGUCCCUGGAGGAGGAGACGCAGCAGUUGCACCAGGACAACCAGGAGCUGCAGGAGGCCAACGCCGCGCUGGCCAGAGCCCGGGACGACCUCCAGGCUGCCCUCCAUCGCCUCUGUGCCCAGAGGGCCGUACAGGAGGAGGCCUCCCAGGCCAGAGCUGCUGCCGAGCGGGAGAGGCUGCUAGGCGAGGUCCAGGCUCUGCAGGCGGAGGUGGAGGCCUUCAGGCGAGAGGCGGAGGGGGCCGACCGAGAGGCGUCUCGGGCCAGGCAGCGGGCACUGCGGCUCAGGCAGGAGCUGGGCGUGGUGAGGGCCGAGCGGGACUUCCUGCGCACGACCGUCACCCGGCGCCGAGCCAAGGGCCCAGUGGCCCCCGUCAGCAGGAUCAAAGUCAGGAGCGCGUGGAGCCGAGCUCCCCCGGGCCAGCACAGAGCCAGGAGGAGAGCCAGCCCAGCCAGAGACGGGUGGGAAGACCUGAGCGCCGACAGUGCUAGUGAAGAGGAGUACUCCGACAGUCUGGACAACGCGCCGCCCAACACAACCCUCCGUAAGAAGACCAUUCACAGGGUGUACAGGUGCGCCGGCGUUGGCGGCGUUGGCGGCCGGGCGUCCCUGGCAGAGCUGCCUGCAGAGGAGCAGAGCGUGGCGGAGCCCCCAUCUGCACGCUGCUGUGCAGGGCACGAGGGGCGUGCGAGAAAGAGGAGGCUGCGACCGAAGGCCGCCUGCGCGGAGACGCGUCCGCGGGUGCUGGCGCUCCGGCAGCAGAUCCGCACGCUGCAGCAGGACCGGCGAGAGGCCGAGCAGCAGGCCCGCCAGCACAGCCACGCCUGCCAGCAGCUCCGCAGCCAGCUGCAGACCACCGCUCAGAAACUGGCCAGCAGCAAGCAGCUCGCACAGAAGCUAAGCACUGAACUAACUGGCGUGGAGCAACAAAAGAAGGUUCUGGAGAUGGAGCUGGAGCAGUGGAGGCGUGUGCAGGUCCAGCUCCCACCACCACCGGCCCCUCCAGUCCAGCCGGCUCCGGCCCCCGACCCCAGUGGCCCUGCCCUCAAGCAGCUGGAGGUGGAGGUCAGACAGCUCCAGACCAAACUUAGGAACGCCAGUAACGAGGUCACCAAACACACGGCCGCCAGCAAGAGCUUGAAAGCCGAGCUCGGCGAGAAGGACCAACGCCUCCGAGAGCUGCAGGAGAAGCUGGGUCACUCCGAGAGGGCUGUGGGCAUGAAGAAGCAGCUGGUGGAGGACCUGAAGACCCGCCUGAAGUUCUUCCAGGAGACCGAGAGGAGCCUCAAGGGCCAGCUGGAGGAGCUGGAGAGAAAGGUGAAGACGUUAUCAGAGGAGGCGUCCAACAGGAAGGCCUUUGUGGACUCCCUGAAGCGCAGGCUGAGUGUGGCCACUACAGAGAAGGGCCAGCAUGAGGCGUCCAGCCUCAAGCUCCAGGAGGACCUGCAAAAGAAGGAUAAGAAGUUGCAGUCUCUGCUGGCGCGUGUUGCAGAGAGUGAGAAGGCCAUGGCGGAGCUGCAGGACGCGGCGUCCAGGCAGAUGCACGGUCUGACCCAGCAGAGCACGCAGGCCCUGGAGGGCGCCAACAGGAAGCUCAGUCUGGCCAGCGCCCAGCUGCAGCAGCUGCACACCUUCAUCCAGGCGCUGGCCCGUGAGGUGGAGCGUGAGGCCCAGGCGGUGAAGGGGGAGGUAAGAAAGAGGAAGAGGCAGAGGAAGGCCUCCAUCCAGGGAGACGGCCGGCUGUCCAAAAGCUCCAUGGUGCGGGCACAGUCCAUCGCAGCCUCCAUCCUCAACAUGAGCGAGAGGGACCUGGUGGACAUGCUGGACACAGAUGAGGAGGCGGAGGAUGGCAGUGGGGAGCAGGACUGGCUGCAGAGCAUGCAUAAACUCCUCCAGCACCAGAUCCCCUCUGCAGAGCUGCUGAUGGACGCCAUGCUGGCCAAGAUGAAGGAGAGGAAAGUGCUGACGGAGGAACUGGCCACGCUUGAAGCAGCAGUCAGCGAAAAAGCCUGACCGCAGGAGAGAGAGAGAGAGGAAGCGCGGGAGAGAGCGAGAGGGUCUGUCAUCAUCCUCCUCAAACGUUGGGAGUGCCCAGCCUCGCAGUGGGAGCCCCAUUUGGCUGCCACGGCCAGGGCUGAAGGAGUGUUGUGAAGAACCCUUCAACCUCUCCAUCUCUCCCUCCCUCUCUCCAUCUCUCCCUCCCUCUCUCCAUCUCUCCCUCCCUCUCUCUUCUCUUUUUUCCUUCUUUCUUUUUGUUUUUACCCGGGAGCGGGCCACUGCUAGCCUGAUGUUAACCGCCCUCUGUCCACUCCGUGUCCGUGCACACUGUGUGUGUGUGUGUGUGUGUGGAGAAACACUGGCCACUGUAUUACUGUAUUAGGUUACUGGCCAGUCGGGGCAGGAUGUUUUGACCUCUUCAAACGCCGACUGUGACCAAAUCAUGCCCCAUAUAUGGUAGCAGCAGCUUAUCAGUAGAGAUAUUAUUUCUCUGUAAUGUUUAACUUAUUUCUUGUUGAUCUAGAUGUUUUAAUUAAAAAUGUUUUUGUUAAUCA